AUGGCGAUGAACCUCGAAAUUGAAUCCUAUCAUUCCUAUGGGGGGAAUCAUAACGUUGCUGAAUACGCAGUGAUUAUCGACGGCGUGGUAUUUGAAACCUGGGUCACAUCUUGUCCACACAAGGUACAAAAAUGGAUCAGAGGAAUCGAGAACUGGAACCAUCACCGGCUCCACCGCCUGAUCGUUGGUCUCGAUACUGAAUGGCGUCCGAACACCGUUCGUGGACAAGAAAACCCCGUCGCUAUUCUCCAGUUGUGUGUUAGCAGAAGCUGUCUCAUAUACGAAUUCCAUAGAGUUACACAUUACGACAAGCAGAAGCUGUAUAGGGAUUACGCUCUGGAAGUGGGGAAAACUGCGGAUCUGCGUGAAAGGGCUGCGCAUGAGUUGACAGAUGCUGAUCUUCGGAGCGCUGGAUUGAAGAAACUCGCGAAGGUGAUUCUGGGUAAGGAUGUUGGUAACGAGGAGCUAAUGAAGGUGAGAAUGAGUGAUUGGGACAAUAGCCAUCUCUCUAAUGAUCAAGUUUUGUAUGCAUGUCUUGAUGCUUAUCUUGCUUUUGCGAUUGGGAGGCAACUGGAGUCGUGGUAUGAUUAG